UCACAGAGUCUGUACUCCUCAACCCCUCCUCCUGUGUUUCACUUACUUUGACGUUGUGGCCUUGUUUGUGCCGUGUUCGCAUUUAAAAACAACGGUUGUUUCGAUUAUUCGUCUUUAUUCGCUAACGCCGUGUAGAUCUGGCGAACACGUAUUGGUUUUCCUGGCGUCUUAGCGGGUGGAGGCAGUUUGAUGAGCUAACGCUAGCGCGCUAACGCCGUCUCUACUGUUUUGGUUUCCUUUGUCACGGACUGGUUUUCCAGAGCCAGUGUCCUGAGGAGAGCCGUCCAAACCCGACUGGAACGGGGCUGCUGAGCACUGGGGAGGUUAUUUAUGUUGGGAUUAUUUAUGUUUGGAGUUAGCUGUAUCUAGAUAAUUACUGCGGGAGGUUAUUUACGUUUCCGUGCUGACAGGACUGCCGUCCCAGCUAGCACAACUAGGCUAGCUGUUCCUCACGCGCUGAGUGUGUACAGUGACAACCCUCAUCAAUGUGCGCACGAGCCGAGCCGCUCUGCCACUGCGCUGUCUCCGACUUUCUGGGCGAUAGUAGAAUAUUCGUAAUUGGGUAAUAAUCUAACAUUACCGGACCGUGUCGUAUAACCCCACUACAGAGCUUCGUGAUCGGGUGCCCCGCUUGUUUUGUCUAGUUGCGGUAAAUCCUUGGGCAGAUUCAAGCUCGCCAAAGCACCCAGAAUGUUCCGGUAUCUGGACGACGGGGACGACAGUCCAUACAUGAUGGAUCCAUUUGCAGCUCACAGACGCCAGAUGAGGACUUUGUUUGGCCCCUUUGGAUUUGAGCCUUUUCUCCUGAACCCCCAGAUGCAGCCUCCUCGAACGCACCUGCAGGCUGGAGCCUUGGCCCCCUUUGGCAUGAUGGGAAUGGGUGCUGGCUUCAUGGACAUGUUUGACAUGAUGAACGGGAUGAUGGGGAAUAUGGAGAGGAUGACUGGGUCCCCCAGCUGCCAGACCUUCUCCUCCUCCACCAUCAUCUCCUACUCCUCCAUGGACUCUGGGGCCCCCAAAGUCUUCCAGCAGACUAGUGAAGUGCGCACUGCUCCUGGAGGGAUCAGAGAGACUCGUCAAUCUAUGCGAGACAGUGAGAGUGGUAUGGAGAGGAUGUCUAUCGGUCACCAUAUUGGGGACAGAGCCCAUGUGAUGGAACGUUCCAGAAACCGUCGCACAGGUGAUCGAGAGGACAGGCAGGACUUCAUCAACCUGGAGGAGAGUGAGGCAGCAGCCUUUGAUGAGGAGUGGAGGAGGGAGUUGGGCCGCUAUGGUCCCCCCGGUGUUCGUGGGCUGGAUUAUGGCCGGGACCGUAGGGCGGUGCCUCAGCUGGCUUUGACCGCACCCCCAAACCCGUCAUCCCCAGUGCCCCGUCACGAGUCUCCACGACACCCACCGCGCCCCCGUUAUGACUGGUGAGCCAGAUCUUCAGGACCAGUGAGGGACACGAGGAUGUGAGGACCAGCGUCCAGGAGUACUGGACUGAACUCCUGUAUGCGCUGCCCUGCUGUGUGGGUGUGUGGGUGUGUGGGUGGGUGUGUGUGUGUGUGUGCGUGCGUGCGUGCGAGCGUGCGUGUGGGUGUGAGCCAGCAUGCAGGACAGGCUCUACAGGACUGAAAUGUUCAUAUGCUAGCCUCACACCGGGGCUCAGUAUACCCCCCCCCCCCCCCACACACACACACAUACACCCGCCUUCACUCUAUGACCUGUAAGCAUAUAUGCAUCAGUGGACAUUCCACACACACAGACAUACACACAAGCAGGCAUACAUGCACAUUCUUAUACAUGCAUUACACACAUGCACACCCACAUGUGUGCAUACACAAGCAUGUCUACAUACAUACCAAAACAUACACAUACACCCCUCCAAAUGUAUUCAUACACACACACACACACACAAUUUUUAGUAGGUCAUUCCCAUGCUUCCAACGUUAAAUAUAUAAAUGUGUAAUACUACACUACAGAGUCCAACACACACACGCACACUCACAUGACAUUAUAUAUAUAUAUAUACACACACACACACACACACACACACUUACAUGCACAUAUUGUGUUGUUGAUACUAUGGUAAAAUGUGGGUUGAAUUGUAUACUGUUCACUAGUUAACCUUAUUAACAAAUAAACUCAAGUCUUGUUA